CAGCCGCCUGGAGCCAGGGUGACUGAACCUUGCCCCAGAGACCUGUCACAGCGGGACGGACGCGCUGUCCUUGGCCACACCAUGGCGGGCCCACUGUGCCUCGUCCUGCUCGGCGCCUCCCUGGCCGGACUCCUGCUGCCAGGGGGCAGUGUGUUCCUCAGCCCGGAGCGCGCCCGCAGCAUCCUGGGGCGGGUCCGCAGGGCGAACUCAUUUUUGGAAGAGAUGAAGAAAGGGAACCUGGAAAGAGAGUGUAUGGAGGAGAUGUGCUCCUUCGAGGAGGCCCGCGAAGUCUUUGAGGACACCGCCAAGACGACUGAAUUCUGGAAUAAAUACAGAGACGGCGACCAGUGUGAGAGCAGUCCUUGCCAGAACGAGGGCCAGUGCGCAGACGGCCUCGGGGAGUACACGUGCACCUGCUCGGAAGGAUACGAAGGCAAAAACUGUGAAUUGUCCACGCGGAAGCUCUGCAGCGUGGAUAACGGGGACUGUGAGCAGUUCUGCAGGGAGGAACAGAGCUCGGUGGUAUGCUCCUGCACCAGCGGGUACGUCCUCGGGGACAACGGCAAGUCCUGCAUCUCCACAGAGCCUUUCCCCUGCGGGAAAACCACGAUGGGGCGCCGGAAGAGGUCAGCAGAGACCGCUCACAGCGGCGAGGGCCCCUUGGAAGCCGAAGCCGGCAUGCAGGAGCAGUCCGACCCUGAGGAUCUGCCUCCCACCCAGAGCACUCUGUUCCUGCUGCCCUUCAACAGGACAGAGCCCAGCUCUAAGGAGGAUACGAGAAGCCUGGUCCGGAUCGUGGGUGGGCAGGACUGCAAAGACGGCGAGUGUCCAUGGCAGGCUCUGCUCAUCAAUGAGGAAAAUGAGGGGUUUUGCGGGGGCACCAUCCUGAGCAAGUACUACGUCCUCACAGCGGCCCACUGUCUCCAACAAGCCAAGAAAUUCACGGUGAGGGUAGGUAAGUGGCGGCACGACCCCUCCGCUGCCCUGCAGGGCCCCCUGGCACUUAUCUUCAGAGCUGCUAGCUGGAAACGUGGGUUGACACAACGGAACCCUGAGGGCACAGGUGGGGGGUGUCACGGAGCGGGGGGGGGUCCUCCCUGACGUGCUCCAGUCCAGACCCGGUGCCGUGAGCCCCCCUCAGUGCCCCUUCCUCCAGGAAGGCUUCCAGAGCUCCUCCUCAACAGUCUGAGCCCGGAGCGUGGCCCGUCACAUUUUGUAAUAUCUGUCCUUCUCUACCAGCCGCAAAUGAGCCACCCGUGUGAUCACUAGUUCUCUCUGAUACGGUGGUAAAGUUCCCAGAUGAAAUUAAUUUUAGUGAUAGCUCAUCAUCCAAUAUAUCCAAAAUAUUAUUAUUUCAGUGUGUAACCAAUUUUAAAAGUAUUAAUGAGACAUUUUGAAUUUGUGUUUUCAUUCCCUGAGAAUUGACACAGCACAUCCCCGUUCCGACCGGCCGCGCCGCCUCCGACGACCGCGGGGUCCAGAGCCGGCACCCCUGCUGCACGACAGUCUCAGGAAUUGCCUGCCUGAGGCGCUGGCCAUGGUUAUAAAGUGUGACCGGUGGUCGCCCCUGGGGAGCGACACUGGAGGUCGCUUUUUUUUUUUUUAAAGAUUUUAUUUAUUAUUUA